AUGGCCUCCUCCGGCAGCUGCUGCCAGAUCCGCUGCUGCAUGGAACCUCCGCCGGCGGCGAGGGACUGGGCGGGGCUGCCGCGCGACGUCCUGUGCAUCGUCUUCCUCAAGUUGGGCACCCGCGAGAUCAUGCGCGGCGCCGAGUUCGCGUGCACGGCGUGGCGCCGCGUCGCGCUCAAGGAGCCCGCGCUGUGGCGCCGCAUCUACAUGCCCACGAUCUGGAGGUACUCCAAGGCAUGGCGCCCGAUGCUGCGCGCCGCCCUGGACCGCGCCGCCGGCCAGUGCGUCGCCUUCACCGGACCCUGCGACAACCACUCCCUGCUCGACCUCGCCGAAAGAGCACCGUCUUUGAAAAGCCUCGAUCUCUUCGACUUUGUUGCGUGCAAUCAAGUGUUGGACGAAGCCCUCAAGCAGCUCCCUCUCCUAGAAGAUGUUGAAAUUUCACCGGCGCAUCGCAGCUCCGACGACUCCAGAAGGCUGUUCCUUCCAGUUUGCCAAGCUUGUCCCCGUCUCAAGAAACUCGUACUCGGGCGCCAGAAGGUUUUUGCCCAUGACUACUCUGACGACGGCGUGGGUGAUGGUGACCAGCAGCAGAGUCAUCUUGAGCGGUGGUCAUGGGAUUGCAUAUUUCGUCCCGCUGUCGAGAAACAAGUACUUGGAACUCCAGUUAUGUCCGAGCUACGCUCCUUAGAACUGUUUGACUGUGAACUCAAUACUGCUGGACUGGCCUUCCGGGUUCAUGGCGAGAUGGAAAAGAAGCUAAGGGAGAUAUGUGCUGGACUGGGGAAAGGGAGUCUUCCUAGUCAUGAGGCAGCAGAUGAUGAAGGUUCAGAUGAUUACUGUAAUUCACAGGAGUUUGAUGACUGGAACUAA